GCAAGGCAGUGCGAGUGUGAUUAUUGUUUUUUAUGUAGCGGGAAUUUCGUCCUUUAUAUAACUAUAUAUAAUUUUUGAAAAGUUGUGUGCGCGAAAAAACAUUGGGAAAUAUUCUAUUAUAAUGGAUAUGCAAGAUUUCUGUCGAAAAUUACCUAAAGUGGAACUCCAUGCACAUUUAAAUGGUUCGUUAAGUAUGAAAACCCUGGAAAAAUUAUACAAGAUGCAAGACUCAGACGUUGCCUUGUCCGAUCAAGCUUUUAUGAAUACCACUAAUUUCUCAUCUUUAAGUGAAUGUUUUAAAGUAUUUGAUAUAGCGCAUGCACUAACAGUUACACCACAAGCUGUAUUUACUGCUACUUGCGAUGUAAUAAAAGAGUUUCAUGAGGACAACGUGAUCUAUUUGGAAUUAAGAAGCACUCCUCGUGCUGUAAAGGACUCAAUGACAAAGAUAGAAUAUCUUGAAGCAAUAAUAAAAGCUUUUGAAACAUCCAAAUCACAGUUUCCACAAAUUCUUGUAAAAUUAUUGAUAUCGAUUAAUCGGAAACAGGGUUACGAAUCUGCAAAAGAAAAUAUUAAUCUUGCAAUACAAUUUAUGAAAAAAUAUCCAGAAUAUAUUGUUGGUAUUGAUCUUAGCGGUGAUCCAACUGUGGAUUAUUCAUUUUUAGAAUUAUUAGAAAUAUCUAGGAAAGCAGGACUUAAAAUCGCAGCUCAUUGUGCAGAGGUUCCAAAUGAAAUGGGAAUAAUUGAUAUAUUAAAAUUUAAACCUAAUCGAUUGGGACACUGCACUUGCAUCCAUCCUAGCUUGCAAGGUUCUAAGCAAUUGUUCGAUAUGUUACUGGAAUCUAAAAUUCCUGUUGAGUUAUGCUUGACAUCAAAUGUUAAAUGUAAAACAGUACCGUCCUAUGUGUCUCAUCAAUUUAAAUAUUUAUAUGAAGUUGGACAUCCUAUAACAAUUGGAACUGAUGACAAAGGUAUCUUUGAAACAUGUUUAUCAGAGGAAUUACAGUUAUUGAGUUCUGUUUUUAAUAUCGGAAAAGAACAACUUAAGAAAUUAUCUCUAUUAUCUGUACAAUAUAGUUUUGCAAGUGCAGAGGAAAAAAAUAGUUUAUCGUCGAUAAUCGAGAAUUUUCAUAUUUAAUAUAUUUUUUUUUCUAUUUUGCCAAUAUAUAUAUUUAGUUUUAGCUAAACAUUAAACAUUUUACCUCAUUAUUUGCGUAUCUGUGUGUG